AAAAAUUAGAUAACGAUAGAGCUAUUGAGAAACAGUUGAGGCUAUUUAUUUUGCCUUUCUCAUCCUCAUCGUUUGUCUGAGGAGCUAGCUGACACAGUCAUAGAACCAUGAGAUUCUUCUUUUUCAUCUCCCUCUUAUUUUUUGGUCUUCUUCUAAGGGAACUAUCUGAAGCUUUGCCAGCAGGACAAGAUGCAGACACCCCUCCAAGAGGCUGGAACUCAUAUGACUCCUUUUCUUGGAUCAUAUCAGAAGAAGACUUCCUAAGAAAUGCAGAAAUCAUCUCUCACAGUCUACUUGCUCAUGGAUAUAAGUAUGUUGUGGUUGAUUUCCUCUGGUAUAGAAGGAAUGUAGAUGGUUCUUCAGUAGAUUCAGCUGGAUAUGAUGUGAUAGAUGAAUGGGGGAGAGUGAUCCCUGAUCCAGACAGAUGGCCUUCGUCUAAGGGUGGUAAAGGGUUUUCUGAAGUAGCCAAGAAAGCUCAUGCCAUGGGUUUGAAGUUUGGGAUUCAUGUCAUGAGGGGAAUAAGUACACAGGCAGUCAAUGCAAAUACACCAAUCUUGGACAUCACAAAGGGAGGUCCUUACGAGGAGUCUGGUAAACAAUUUAAUGCUCAUGAUAUAGGACGUGGAGACAGGGCUUGUUCUUGGAUGUCACAGUGUUUCACGCUUGUAGAUACCAAUUCAGGAGCUGGAAAAGCCUUUUUGAGGUCAUUAUAUCACCAGUAUGCGGCAUGGGGCGUGGAUUUUGUAAAGCAUGACUGCAUUUUUGGUGAUGACUUGGAUGUAGAUGAGAUAAGAACUGUGUCAGAGAUCUUGAGGGAGCUUGACCGCCCCAUCGUGUAUUCCAUCUCUCCCGGAACCCAUGCAACACCUGCCAUGGCCAAGAAUGUAAAUAAUUUCGUGAAUAUGUAUAGGAUAACUGCAGAUGAUUGGGAUAAGUGGGAAGACGUAGCGGGACAUUUCAGUGUAUCAAGGGACUUUGCUAAUGGUGGCAUGAUAGGAGCCAGUGGUUUGCAGGGGAAGUCAUGGCCUGACUUAGAUAUGCUACCACUGGGGCAGCUUACUGAUCCAGGUGCCAAAGAAGGGCCACAUAGACUAUCCAAUCUUAGUUUAGAUGAGCAAAGAACUCAGAUGACUCUAUGGUCUAUGGCCAAAUCACCUCUCAUGUUUGGGGGUGAUGCAAGGGAAAUUGAUAUGAGCACAUACAGUCUCAUCACAAAUCCUGUAUUAUUGGAAAUAAAUUCUUUUAGCACAAACAAUAUGGAGUUUCCUUACAUCUCUGGCUCAAAAGUUCAAAGUGGAAAAGGGGUUCACACCAAACAAUCUAGAAGCCUAAAGGAUGAAACCAUAUUGGAUACAGGUGUUUUAGUUCCAACUAGCUGCAUGGAUCAGAAUUCUCACCUAUGUGCAUCAGUGAAGACAGAUCAUGUUUCAACCAGUGAGGCUCUUUCUUGGAUUGCAACUGGAAGAAAAGGAGAGGUAUAUCUUGCCUUCUUCAACCUAAGCCCUGACAGAAUGGUCAUGUCUACAAACAUCACGGAUUUUACUAUGAAGCUUCCUGGUAGAGACUGGAGCAAAGCUUCAUGUAGAUACCAAGAAGUAUUCAGUGAGAAAGAUAAUGCAAUAGUAAACAAAGCAAUAUCACAAGAGAUUGAAACCCAUUCUUGUGCUUUAUUUGUAUUGGAUUGUAAUUAGAUUGAAUUGAGUUGAGUUUAACCAGCUUUUAAUAGUUGAUUAGACUGAGUCUUUGUUCAUCUAGUUCAGGCAAUCUAGCAAUGCGGUUGGUGUCAUUUGGUUAACCAUGACAAGAUAUUCUAGAGAGGAGAAGAAUACUUUCAUUUUUCUAUAUUUAGCUAUAUGCAUGAGUCUUGCUCCGUUGCAUAUGUGGCAAUUUGGCACUCAA